CGGAGACUCAAUCUAAGAUGGCGGCGGAGAGUCUGUCACAGCUGGCCUUGGACUUGACUUGUCCCCUCUGUCAGGCGAUCUUCACCGACCCCGUGGAGCUACAAUGCGAGCAUUAUUUCUGCAGGGAUUGCAUUUCAAAAUACUGGGAGCAGCAGGGCCAGUUGGUGUGCUCGGUUUGCUCCAAUAUCUCUGGGUCGAGUGCUUUGAAGAGUAACCGCAAGCUCUCGAGUGUCGUGGCGACAGUCUGCAAAGGAUGUGCCCAGCUGGAGGAGACCUUGCCCAGCCAGCACAUCUGCCCGGAGCACCGGAAGAAAAUGGAACGCUUUUGCGUGACAGACUGCGAAGUUAUCUGCCUGGACUGCCGGGACUCCAGGAAACACUUGCAUCACGAUGUCCUCAACGUACAGGAGGCUGCGGAGGAGUUCAAGACACAACUUCAGAAAUCUGUCAUCAAACUGCAAACCUUGAUUGAAAAGCGAAACGUUGCGAAAAGAAAAUUUGAGGGUCUGCUGGAGGACACCUUGAACAUGACCCAAAAUAUAGUGGACAGCAUCAAGAAAAGCUUCGAAGAGCUGCAUAGUUUUCUUUACAAGGAGGAAUCUGCCCUGCUUCAGCAGUUGAAGGAGGAAGUGAACCAACAGAGCCACCAAUUACAACGGCAGAUCGAUCAGAUUCCCAGAGAUUUGUUGUCACUUGAUGGCAGCAUCAAGGUGAUGGAGGAGGAGAUAAGCCAGCAGGAUAACAUUACCUUCCUAUUGAAUCUGAAAGAAACGCAGAAAAGAGCAAAGGUUUGCGUGGCUCCGUUGGAGAAUAUAUCUGUGAAGGUAAAGCCAGAGAACUACUUGGGUCCGCUACAGUACUGGACGUGGAAAAAUAUGUUCAAGAUCUUAAACCCAGGUCUGUCAAAUCUAACCUUCAACCCUGCCACUGCGUGCUCCCACCUCUCCCUCUGUGGCCCAACCAGAGUAAGGUACAAUGAGAAGCCGAAGAUGGUCCUUGACACUCCAGAGCGCUUCAGUAUUGCACCCUUCAUCCUGGGCUCUGAUGGCUUUGCAUCAGGAAGGCACUACUGGCAGGUUGAUGUGGGCGAUGGCAAAGACUGGAGCCUGGGUAUUGCCAAAGAGUCCAUCAACCGCAAGGGUGACCUGCGUCAGUCUCCCAAGCAUGGGUACUGGACCAUAUACAGGGAGAAUGACAGCUUCGGGGCUUUCCUCUUCCACCCUAAAGUGAUCGAGGUGAGAGGCAACCCCACCCGGAUUGGGAUCUACCUGGACUACGAAGGAGGAAGGGUUUCCUUUUACGAUGCAGAUCUCUUUUCCCAUCUGUUCACUUUCCACGCCAACUUCACGGAGAGGGUGUAUCCUUUCUUUUACCCAGGCCUGAAGGUGACCAAGAGCAAUAACAGUAUGCUGAGAAUACAGCACCUGUACUUGUGAACGGAGAGAGCGGUCCUGCACCAGACCAGUUCCGCCUGCAGCUUCUUAAUUGAUGAUUUGACAUUACUCCAUCCCAUCGUCCCCACAACUGACCACAACCACUCUCGUCCCACCACGGACAUGCCUUGGCAACUGAAAUCUCUGCUGAACUGCCAAUUCUGCCUGCGGGGAUUGGGGAAGAAGGCGGCCCUAUCAGUGGCAAGUGAGCUUGCCCAAAGGAGGGGUUGGGGAGUGGGGUCUAGCUGCAGUUCCAGAGGGUGUAUUUGCAAACUGUUCAGUCAGCAGAAGAGGUGGUGUUUUGUUCUUGAAGAGAGAAAGUUUCAAGCAUGGUGCCCAUGCAGGCACGUAGGAUGAGAGGCCUGUAGUGUUGAGGUUGCUGGAAAGAAAUGUAUUUGUUUUUAACUUCACAGUGAAACCGCAACCAAAUCAAACCCCACCCAAAAAAUAAAGCCUCCCCACCACCCUGCUUCACCACCCACCCCCUUCCAAACAACAUGAAGGGGCAGGGGCAGACCAGACAUCUCAACUCUCAAAACUAAUCAAAUUACAUUAGGUUUUACAAUAACAAAGCAGACCAUUUGAACGUUCUGGUCUUUGCCUUUGCUUAUGCUCAUCGCUUACUACUUUGCCUCAUAUCCUUGUAUCCUUCCAAUCAUUUGCCCCUAUAGCUCUCCCCUUGUUAUCUAUUGUUCCAUUGUUAUUAUCUACUAUUCACAUCAAUCUGUGGUAAACAGUUCCACAUUCCCGCCAUUCCUGUAAGGCCUCCGUGUCGGUAUCACACCAAGAAUGCAGUUGUUCCAGGGUGGGAAAAUGUGCCCACUGAAUUUGGUUAUUUUGUGAGUGGAGAUAUUGGCAAAUCAAAAGCAUUAGAAGCCUGUCGUUUGUAACAGCUUACUGGCAUUUUAUAAUUUCCUCCACGGUGUGAAGCAAGUGUGUCUGGUAACUCCAGUUCCCCUCAAUCCACAGUAGCCAGCAUAAAUGUGAUUGCACCGUUCCCUGUAACAGGAACACUGCUUCUGUGUCACUUAUUUAGUUGUUCUCGGCUUCUGUCUGACCUGCAACUUUGGCCAAACUGCCAGCAAUGCUCAGUCAGCGCAUCCCGUAACCUUAACUCGCUCAGAGGCCUCAAAGUUUAAAUACACAAAGGACAAUUGAACAUUAAUGAGAUGGUAUUUGGAGGCAGUGGCUCGUGUUCAGUUGCCCCUGACCAGCUUUAAUUUGGAGGAUGAGUACAGCCCAACGUAAAGGGAGCCCUCAAUAUAGUAUCAUUGGCAGUUUUCAAAUUGUUGCUGUAAAUGUCCACAAAGCACGAAACAUCGAACAACAUAAUUUAAAAGUGAACAACUGGACCAGCGGUAGCUGUAUGCCCCCUGGUUAGGUAUCCUGUGCUCUACAAGCUGUCAGAUUACCUGGCAGUGGGUGCAAUUGCUUCUCGUUAGGUUGUUGGUUUGUAGCCUGGUACUAAAAUUGACAAACUGGUUCUGUUUCUAAUCAUUACUGGUUCUUGUUGUAUUAAUAGUGCAGCAUUUGUUGGUGAUUUAAUGUAUUAACUGGAUGAACCUUAAAACAAUUGCUCCAUGUUUUCUUGGUUUCAGAUUAUGUGUAACUUGUGCAGGCAAGUGAGAGUGUGGAUUUAAACCUGUUGUGUAUAUGUAUGCAAAGUGUGCCGAUCCCUGAAUUGCUUGUCCACUUACUUGCACUGAGGAAAGUUUUAUACAAUGUCUUCACCACAUCACCAGCUUUACCCAUCCAAAGAUAUUGGACUAAAGUCUUCCUUAUCUGCCAGCUCAUCAUUCACAACAAAAUUGUUGGCACGAGUGCAGAGCACAAAGCCUCCCAUUAAUAAAGAACUGAUAUAGUUAGGACUAUGCAUUUGUGCUAGGGUCAUAGUGAAGCAAGUUUUCCUCGUGUAAAUUACACAUUCCCUGAAUGUAUGAUUGAUCCCAUUUGCAUGACUGAGGUCCAGCAGCGUGCUGUCGCUAAGAAUUAAAACUGGUAAUGUGGGGUGUGGGGAUGUGAGAAAGGAGUAGCAAAGGAAUUGAUUCAAAAGCAGGUAAACCCAUGAAAUCAUGCAGUAAAGGAGGCCAUUUGGCCUUCCAUGCCUGUGCUAGCACUUUGAAAGAGCAUUCUAACAUUAAUUUUCCUUUGUUGUUCUGAAUGUUUUUCCAAUUUGUGUAAUUCUGCCUCUGGGGCAUGGUUAAUGAAUCUGUUUCCACCAUCUUUACAAGCGUUGCAUUCCAGAUACAUGUACACCACCCUGGAACCUCAAUUUUCUCAUUCCUACAUCCUCAGUUACUGACGUGGCAUCCAGCAGAAAGCUUUUCUCCCUGAUCACUCAAUGUGAACCCCACCAUAAUCCAGAAGGCCUUUGUUAAAUCUUCCCUUAAUGUUCCAAGAACUAAACAGAAUUAAACUUCAGUUGAAUUAUCUUUAGCAACACUUAAUGUUACCAAAAAUAUACUUUGAUAAAUUGCAAGUGAUAAAUUGAGCACAAUGAACACGAUGCAGUAAUAAGACUAUCUAGUAAUGUAAGCACAGCAUUAGUUUACAACUUAAAACUUUUUAAGUACUACCUCAACAUUAUCAUACGUAGUAAAGACUACAUAAACAGUGCCAAUUGCUUUAUUCUUUAGUCAAUAGCAACAUCUACUAAGGCUACAAUUGAUUGGUGUGCAAUUUUUAGCCUGCACAUGAACUCAUUUUGAUGAACUUAAAUUGGCAAAUUUUACUAUUUCAACCUGCUUCAAGUAAAUUAAUUGGUCAGUUAUGCUGACCAGAAAACUUCUACAUACAUUCUUGACAAGAAUUUCUUAACGCAGUUAAGCAACCAGCUGGGAAGUGAGCAAUUCUAAAACUCCUAUCAUUGCUGUUUAAUAUUUUUCAAGACUUUAAUCUGGGGGAGAAGAUCUUUAAUGCUGUUUUAAUUUGUGUUGCAGAAAUGUUACUUCUGUUUUGAAGAAAUUAUUGUAAAUUAUUUUGUGUUUUCUAAUAUUAAAGCAGCCCUGAAUUUAUUGAUGCCAAUAUCAGUGUUGCUCAGGUUAUUUAUUCGAUGUAUUGCUAAUGCUUAGGAAAGUAUCACAAUUGAAGGCAAACUGCUUUUAAAGAUGUUUGGUAAUCCCAUUGCAGUUGUCUCCUUGUCAUUGGGAGAACAUGUCAGGCUACAAGUUACCAAGGUGAUGUCAGACACACUCAUAAAGCCUGUCAUAUUUUGAUCAGCAAAGUAUCGAACGCACUUGCUAGAAUGCUUAUUCUAUCUAGGAAUUAAAAGAUCCUAUUUUAACUUUAUGCAAGUGCCGAGCAUGUGCACAGUUUAAUGCGACGCAGGAUAUCAAGCAUGAGUGGCAGGGGAUAGUAGGAACUGCUGAUGCUGGAAGAGA